AUGGACGACUCUCCCCUGCUAACGCCAGAGCGCGCUGCUCUGCGAGCGCCUUCUGCAGUCCCCGUUGCGGCCCAGUCGAACGGAAAGCGAUCCAGGCCCGGGGAAGAGACGCCGCUUCCUACGCCCUCACCCUUCGUGAUGCCCGGUUUCGGUGCAUCUCCCGCCGCGGAGAAGUAUCGAAAGAUCGAAAAGGUCGGCGUGGGCGCCUAUGGAAGUGUUUUCAAAGCGGAGAACACUGAAACAAAAGAGAUCGUUGCGAUCAAAGCAGCGUCGAGGAAAGAAGACCCUGUUUGGGGCGGCUUUCCUCUUAGUCUGCUGCGGGAGAUCAGCAUCUUAAGGAGCGUCCGGCACGAGAACAUCGUACAGAUGCACGAGAUUGCGCACACCACGGGAGGGGAUCCCUUGAUCGUUAUGGAGUUUUGUCAGGCGUCACUCCUAGAAUUAAUCCACUCGCCGAAGCACGACCUGUCCUUCAGCGAGAUCAAGUACAUUAUUCGGCAGGUCCUGGACGCCACUGGCCACCUUCACCAACGAGGCAUUUUGCACCGUGAUCUGGCCACGAAGAACGUCUUGUUUAACACUUCUGGGGAAAUCAAAGUCUGCGACUUUGGGAUCUCCCGCGUUGCUUUCGGCCAGGACGACAACUUCGGCUUCGUCUCGGCCAAGGGGCUGGAGCCUCCCAUGAUGAUCGUCUCGCUGCCCUACCGUGCCAUCGAGUUGCUGAUGGGCGACAGGCACUACGGCCCUGGUUUGGAUAUUUGGUCCGUUGGGUGCAUCUUGGCAGAGAUUCUCCUUUGCCAGACUGGUCGGCGGCAGCCGUUCUUUGGGGGUGAUCCGGAAAGUCCCAACAAGACCGUCCUGGCCUACGUUGAAGAGAUUUUCUACAUUAUGGGCAAACCCACGGAUGAGACGUGGCCGGGACUUUGUAAGCUACCGAACUACAAAACCUACGUGUCCGGCAAGAUUUCCAGCGCCAAAGCGCACAAAGAGCAGGGGGAUGAACGCGGCUUCCUCCGACGCUUCUUCCGCAACGGAAUUGGCAAACCCGCGGACUCCAAGUACUGCCUGACAGAGAGCUUCUUCGAGAUGCUCGGCGGUUUGCUCUCGCUUUGCCCAAAGCAUCGCGUGACAGCCGCGGAGGCCCUGCAGCAUCCGUUCUUCACCAAGGAAAAGCCGGUGCCAGAAUGGCACGCUUGGCAUUGGGCCUUGGCCAGCGCCGACAUCCCCCGGGGUGAUGAAGCUCGGAAGAAGAACAACGACCAGGAUGAGGCUCGGAAGCUGCUGAAGCAGCUCAGCAAAGAGGACGUCGGUGCAGAGGAGGCUGGUGACAAGACAAACGGUGGCAAGGCGAAGGCAGUGUUGGAGAAGUGGCGAGAGCAGGCGGAGAAGCGACAGCAGCAGGAAAUCAAGCGCACGAACUCAAUGAAGUCAGCAAAGGGUCCAGAGGAGCUCCCGGCGGGGUGGACGAAGCAUUGGUCAAGUUCGAAGCAGCGGUUCUACUAUCAUGACGGCAAGACAGGCAAAAACAGCUGGUCCUUCCCGUCGAAAGGCUGA